AAACAAAUAUCGCGAGAUGUGGACGUUGUUUCAAAGUCUGCGCCAAUAUUCGUUUAACUUACGUUGUCUUCGCCUAAAUAGUCACACGAUUGGGUUAUUAAGUAGAAUCUAAGAAGACAUCGCCCGUGACAACCAACAACAGAUAUUUUUUGAUCACUGAAAAUCACAGUGUCGAAGUGACAAGCAGCAUUUCACUAUGGCUUUAAAUAAGUUCAUGCACCCAAGGAAUCUUUACAAAAAUAAAAAGCCAAACUUUCAAGAAUUAGCUCUUAAAUAUCCCGAUUUCAGGAAGUUUGUGUUUCCUGAUGUUACAGGAAAACUGUUUCUGGACUUCAAGCAUCCUGAUUCCUUGAGACAGCUUACUAUAACCUUGCUUGAAGAUGACUUUGGCUUAAAAUUGGAGCUUCCGUUAGAUAGACUUGUUCCUACAGUGCCACUUCGUCUGAAUUACAUACACUGGCUGGAGGAUGUUUUCACGGCAUCAAGGACUGGGAAACUUGUAAAAGGCAUAGAUGUAGGUACUGGUUCUAGCUGUAUAUACCCCCUGCUGUCCUGUAAACUACACAAAGAAUGGACAUUCGUGGCCAGUGAGCUGGAUGAUAAAAAUUUCAUGUAUACACUAAAGAACAUAGAAACUAAUGGAAUGAAGGAAAGAAUAACAGUGAAGAAAGUAAGUGUUGAUGAUAGAAGCGUUCUGUGUAAUUUACUCAAGGAUGAAACAGACACGUUUGACUUUUGUAUGUGUAAUCCCCCCUUCUUUGCUGACCAUGUGGAGGCCCAGGCUGUCGCCAAGUCUCGUAACUACAGCCGAACUGACCCCAAGUCUGUGUGUACUGCCAGCUUCACCGAGAGUAUCGUGGAGGGCGGUGAGGUCAACUUCGUCAAGAGGAUGAUAAAGGAUUCAAUGGAACUUGGAACCAAAAUAAGAAUCUACUCCAGUAUGAUUGGUAAGAAGAGUUCUUUACCUCCACUGAAAGAAGAGCUACGUAGACUUGAGGUUCCUAAGUUCUCCACAACAGAGUUCUGCCAGGGGAAGACCAUGAGAUGGGGACUCGCAUGGACAUUCGACAAAACUGUCAAUUUUCCGAAGUCCCUGUUCCAAGAAUCCAAAAAGGAGCGCCCUAAACUGGUGUACCAGGUCCCCCGCGCUGUAACCGACCUGGACUACAAUGUCACACACAUCACCACCAGGAUACAGGCACAGCUUACCGAGCUUAAGAUCCAGUACAACAUCACAUUGAACCAAAAGUCGCUAGUAACCAUGGCAUUGGUUGCCAAAGAAAAUACAUGGUCCAAUCAGAGACGAAAACGUCGAGAGAAGUUACAGCAAAAGGCUAAGGAACAGAAGGAUUGCUCUGGAGAUGUAGAUAUUCUUGAUGAAAAAUUGAACGAUGAAUCAGGUGAUGCCUCAAGACAAAUGCAGGAGAAGUCUCAGUGUGAAGAAAUUCAUCAUUCUGAUGCAGCAAUGAAACCACAAACAAUCUCUUGUGGACGAGUUAUUGAAGUGAGUAAAGGAAUCCCUUUUAAAGUUUCCAGAGAAGAUGUAGAGAAAGAAUCACCCUGUGGGGAAAAGACAAAUAAAAAACAAGAUGCACAGAACUUGUGUGCAGAAUCAGAGUAUAAGAAAGAAAGUGUUACUCAGAGUUCAAAUUCAACGCAAUCACAGUUUGAGGACAGUAUACUAGGAAAAGACAACAGGCCAUCAGCUGAGAAGGGCAGGAAGAGGAAAUUACCAGAUCAAAAAUCAGAAACUACAGAAAAAACAUUGGAGCCAAUAGCAAAACGUCAAAUGUUAACCUCAGAAACAGGAGACAGUCAAGAAAUAAAUAUGACCAGUGAUCUACUUACUUCAUCUACUAACAAAGCUGAAUCUACAUUGCCAGAUAAAAAUUCUGCAGAAGAAAUGGUGAAUGGUUACUCUGAACUUUUUGGAGAUUCAACAGAAGAGAAAAUUUUCCUGAAAUGUUUGUUAAAAGUGAAGCUUUCAACGCCCCAUGUUGUCAUGGAGAUGACGUGGGUAGAGGGACAGAAAAGGGAGACAAUGCACCAGGUCUUACAAUAUCUAAAGAAUAAACUGUCAACAGACGUUACUCCUGUGCUGCAAUGACAAUAGUUUGAUGCACAUUUAUUGCUACAGUUUGGUAAACUCAUGUUCACAAUUAACUGGAAAAUAUCUAAGACAUGAAUUACUCAGCACCCAAAUAAAGUUAGUUUAUUGUACAACAUAUUUAAUAUUCUACUGCUCAGGGUGCGGGUUACUUCCUUUGUUGCUGUCUAAAAGUAUGCCGUCUUUGCAUAUUGCAGAGUUAUCUGCUCUUGUGAGCAGGUAUUGAUUGUUACAUCAUUUGUUUGUGAGAGUAAUGUCAUCAAAUUUUGAGAAAACAAUGUAGUUUUCUCACACAAACCAAUGACGUAACAAUCAAUACCUACUCACAAGAGAAGAUAACUCUGCAAUGCGCAAAGAUGGAAUAGGCUGAUGGAAGUACAGGUAGUGUCUGUAGACAGAAGCUUGCUCUAGGCAUGUGUGCUAUGUUUACAAUUUAUAUUCGAAAAUAUCCUGUGAUAGGGACACAAAACAUUUUUAUCCUGGUCCAAUUAUAGCAUAUAGAAACUAAAAUUCAUAAAUAAAUGAUUAGACAACAAAAGAAAUGUCUUUAAUGUGCUAAU